AGCCAGCGUGUUGACACUGAUUUGACUGAAAACAUGAAGAGAAAUGUCACUGACACUGACAGGGAAAUGUUCUGUUGGAUGCCAGAAGGAUUUGGACACUGUCCCCGGGACAGGGCUGGAGGGUUGCACAAGCGAGAGGUUGUACCAGGGCCUCCAGGCCCGGCGGCCACCUCAGCUCCCGGCUGGCUGCCAGGGGACUGCUGCUCAUCGGCGUUUGCAUGACCCCGGCACAACCGGCCUCACUUCGUUCACCCGCUCGGGCAGUCCCCGUGGGAGCCGGACAGUGUCUGGCAGCAACCCGUGCCUCAGCUCCGCAGCGCCACGAGGCAACGUGAAGCGGCGUUUCGACGCAGGGCCUCGUGAGGCGCCUCAGCCCGCCCCGCGCGGGGCGGCCGCCCCAGCACCGCCGCUCGCCGAGGGCUGCGUGACCGAACCUGGCUGCGAGGAACCCGGCUGGCGGGCCAGGGCGAGCUGCGAGGAGACGGCGCCCGGCCCCGGGGCGGGACGGCUCGCACCGCCCUUCGCUGGCUUCCCGGGGGGCUGUGCGGUGUGGCCCGGGAGCGGCGCAAGAUGGCCGCGGAGAGCGAACCCGAGUCGGAGGUGUUUGAGAUCACGGACUUCACCACCGCCUCCGAGUGGGAGAGAUGCCCUUCCUCUGCCUAUGCAGGACUUGCUGUGCAUGAACAAUGACUUUCCUCCCAGAGCUCACUGUCUGGUAAGAUGGUAUGGCUUACGGGAGUUUGUGGUUCUUGCCCCGGCUGCAAAUAACGAUGCAAUUCUCAGCGAAUCCAAAUGUAACCUUUUGCUGAGUUCCAUUUCCAUUGCAUUGGGGAACACUGGCUGUCAGGUGCCACUGUUUGUGCAGAUCCACCACAAAUGGCGACGGAUGUACAUGGGAGAGUGUCAGGGGCCGGGAGUUCGCACCGACUUCGAGAUGGUUCACCUUCGCAAAGUGCCCAGUCAGUACAUCCAUUUAUCAGGGCUGCUGGAUAUCUUCAAAUCCAAGAUUGGAUGCCCUUUAACACCACUGCCCCCAGUUAGCAUGGCUAUCCGGCUUACAUACGUGCUUCAAGACUGGCAGCAGUAUUUCUGGCCGCAGCAGCCACCAGAUAUAGAUGCUCUAGUUGGGGGAGAAGUUGGAGGCCUUGAGUUUGGGAAGUUACCGUUUGGUGCCUGUGAGGAUCCUAUCAGUGAGCUUCAUUUAGCUACCACGUGGCCUCACCUAACGGAAGGUAUAGUUGUCGACAAUGAUGUUUAUUCGGACCUGGAUCCUAUUCAAGCACCCCAAUGGUCUGUGAGAGUCAGAAAAGCAGAUAACCCUCAGUGUCUCUUGGGUGACUUUCUUACGGAAUUCUUCAAGCUUUGCCGCCGGAAGGAGUCAACUGAUGAGAUUCUCGGAAGGUCUGCAUUUGAAGAGGAAGGAAAAGAGGUUGCUGAUAUUAGCCAUGCUCUGUCCAAGCUCACGGAGCCAGCGCCAGUCCCCAUCCAUAAAUUAUCAGUCACAAAUAUGGUUCACAGUGCAAAGAAGAAAAUCCGCAAGCACAGAGGUGUAGAUGAGUCACCUUUGAACAACGAAGUUCUGAACACCAUUCUGCUGUUCUUAUUUCCUGAUGCUGCUGAAAAACUGGCAGAUGGAUUUGAAAGCAGAGCUAACACUUCAGCAGGAAACAAUCUUCCUCCAGAAAAUGAAGAUUAUAAUCUCUUCAGUCAGUUUAAAUCUGCUCCUUCUGAUAGUCUGACCUACAAACUAGCUCUAUGUCUUUGUAUGAUAAACUUCUACCACGGAGGAGUGAAAGGGGUGGCACACCUCUGGCAAGAAUUUGUGUUGGAAAUGCGCUACAGAUGGGAGAACAACUACCUGAUCCCAGGAUUAGCUAAUGGCCCUCCAGAUCUGAGAUGCUGUUUAUUGCAUCAGAAACUUCAGAUGUUAAAUUGUUGCAUAGAAAGGAAGAAAGCAAGAGAUGAGGGGAAAAGGGGGAGCACAUCUGAUCGUUCACCUGGCGAUCCUGGAAAAGCAGCAGAGCACUCUGGAGACAACCCUGACAGGGAAAAAGAAGUUGGCAAGUCUUGGGAAUCGUGGAGUGACAGUGAAGAGGAAUUUUUUGAAUGUCUGAGUGACACAGAGGACCUUAAAGGAAAUGGGCAGGAAAAUGGAAAGAAAGGAGGAGUAAAAGAAGGCACCAAAGAGCCUGCCAACUUGAAACCAGAAGGUCGCCUGCAUCCCCACGGAAAGCUGACGCUGCUGCACCCCGGAGAGCCUCUCUACAUUCCCAUCACACAGGAACCAGCACCCAUGACUGAAGAUUUGCUGGAAGAACAGUCUGAGGUCCUGGCGAAACUGGGGACAUCAGCAGAAGGGGCUCAUCUCCGGGCACGCAUGCAGAGUGCCUGCUUGCUCUCAGAUAUGGAGUCUUUUAAGGCAGCUAACCCUGGCUGUUGUCUUGAGGAUUUUGUGAGGUGGUACUCCCCUCGGGAUUACAUCGAAGAGGAGGUGGUUGAUGAAAAGGGGAAUGUGGUAAUCAAGGGGGGACUGAGUGCCCGGAUGAGGAUUCCCAGCAACAUGUGGGUAGAGGCCUGGGAGACAGCAAAGCCAGUCCCAGCCCGCAGGCAGAAGAGACUCUUUGAUGACACAAGAGAGGCAGAGAAGGUGCUUCACUACCUUGCAAUUCAGAAACCAGCUGACCUUGCAAGGCAUCUCUUGCCUUGUGUCAUCCAUGCAGCUGUACUCAAGGUAAAGGAAGAAGAAGCACUAGAAGAGAUAUCUUCAGUUAAGAAGAUUAUAAAGCAGAUCAUAUCCCAUUCCAGUAAAGUUCUACGAUUCCCCAACCCAGAGGACAAGAAGUUGGAAGAGAUCAUAGCUCAGAUCAUGAGUGUGGAAGCUAUGAUCGCCAGGGCCAGGUCUCUGAAAGCCAAGUUCGGGGUAGAGAAAUGUGAAAAUGAGGAGGAGAAAGAAGAUCUACAAAGAUUUGUAAACUGUCUCCUGGAGCAGCCAGAAGUGUCGGUUGUGGGUGCAGGAAGAGGACCUGCUGGUAGCAUUAUUCACAAGCUGUUCCUGAACGCUCAGAGGGUGGCAGCGGUGCCGGCGCCAGACGAGGAGCCGAAGCGGGCGGGCGCCGCGGAGGAGCGGAAGCCGCUGCCGGGCGCCGUGGCGGAUUUCCCACCGCCCACGGGCCGGGAGGUGAUCCUGCGCGCCUGCGCCCCCCGCCCCGCACCGUACUCCAAGGCCCUGCCCCAGCGCAUGUACAGCGUCCUCACCAAGGAAGACUUCCGCCUGGCAGGGGCCUUCUCCGCAGACACAACCUUCUUCUGACCCCACCCCCGGCCCCACAAGUGUUGGUUUCCCUCGGGGGCAGGCCGUGUUGGCCAGGGCCUGGCGCUGGCGAUGGUGACGUGUUCCCAAGGACGGAGCUGAACUGGCCGAGCAGGAUGCCUGCAGCAGCUGGGGAACGGCUUUGCCACGAGUCUUCGUUGGAAGGAACUGUAGUGAAGAAGGUUCGGCAGUGUCCCUCUUCUCUCACCCAAGGGCCUGGUCCUUUGUUUUUGCAUUAGCGUGGUUCCUGAGGGCUGUGAUGGGCUGUAUGCAAAGGCUGCUGCUGCAAAUUCAUGCACAACAUACCGCUGCUUUAUAGUUCUUAAUCAGACUUUAUCAGCUGCCCUUACUCUGCUUAAAUGGAUGUGCAAAGCUGAAGGGAUUUGUAUUUAUUGCUAAUCAUCACUACCCAGCCCAGUAUUUUUUGGUUAAUCACAAAGUUGCAAAUAGUUGUACCUUUUUUAAUUGAAAGUACUCAGUACACUCUAGUUCACGUUGACAGCUUCUGGCGUGGCAGCACUUGUCCUACAACAUCUUAUUUCUGCUUGGGACAAGGGUGUGAGGUAUGGGGGGCUGCAGGUGGGCAGUAAACCUGCUCCCUACCAGGGCUCACUGAGAGGGUGGAUGCUGUCUGUCAUGAGCAUGGUGCAAAGCAGGGGCCAACAACUCCUCUCCACUGCUGUAAACUGUCCCCAGUACCUGAACACUAAUGUCUAUGUGCCAAUGUUGCUUUCCUGUGAUCUUUCUGUGUUUGUAGAGAAUCAGCAAACACUGUGUUACUUUCCAGAAGGAAAUGCAAAAAUGGCUUCAGUGUUGUUGAUGUUACUCAAUAAAUCUGAGCUUACUCUCAGCGCUCUGACUGCUCUGGGUACCAGAA